CCAAACUUAUUAAAUAAAUAAAAAAAUUAAAAAAUAAUAAAAGAAAACUGAAAAAAGUGAAGCGUAUGGGAAUUAGAGGGCUGGUGUAAAAGAUCGAAACGUGUCGCCACAUAAGACUAAGCAGAGGCAAAACACUCAAAACUCGUCUGUAUGGAGACUAUUACUGUUCAACCACGCUCUUUUCUUAAUUACCCUUUAUUUUCCCCACUAAUUACAAACCAAUCCCCCCACAACCCCAUUCAUUCAACUUGACGAGCUUCACAGAGAAAGAAAAGAGAGAAAAGUACAGCGUUACAGCUAGUUUACAGGUGUGACUGUAACUAGGUUGUUAUUGUUGUUGUUCUUCUCUCUAAUCACUCUUUCAUUUUUAAGCUCCAACUUGCACAAACAUGGAGACGCUAAACCUAAAAAGGCUACUAAUAAAGAGAUAACGGAGCCUCAUGUCAAACACCACACACUCUCUCUAUCUCUAUCUUUCUAUUUCUUCCCGCCAUUGAUAACCAACCUGAGAAGCUCUGUUUCGGGUAGAUAUACUUCGUCUCUUAUAUCAAACAGAGGAUCUGAUUCAAUCCAACAGUUCUCUUUCUCCCUCGAUUUAACCACGAUUAGUUAGAGUCUUAUCUUAUCUGGAGCUAUGGCUGAAGUGAACAGUGUAAUCAAAAUUAGUCAGACGGAGUUUUGUAAACAGAAGUACGAAACCCCUUCGAAUGGUUUGUGGGGAUCCUCGCCGGAAAAAACAAACCAGGGAGAUACCCAGUUAUUCCUUAGCUCUGAAGAACCGGACCUGAAUCUGGGACUUUCUUUAAACGGACUUUACGCCAGAAGCUCUAAAGAAAAGAAUCUGAUUCGGUCAUCGUCGUCCGUCGCCGGAUUCCUUGCUCAAGACCGAGUUCCGGUAGACUCGACAAUCCGCCGACAAGAAAAUUCUUUCCUUUCUCUCUCAAGAUCGUGCUCGCUUCCGGCAGAGACGAACGAGACGGCGAUCAAGCUCAGGGACUUGCAGACGAUGAGAAGAAUGGCGGCCAAGAAGAGAUUGGUUGAGAAACAGAGAAAUUGUAGAGAUGCCCUUGACGAAGAUAAACCUCCCCUGGCACCGACACCGGCGCCGGACAUGGCAGCUUGGGCGGCGGCUUCUGCGGCGAAAAGUGCCGCACUUAGUCGCGCCAUUAGUAAGAUCAAAACUGAGGGAUAUGUUUCCAGUAACUAUCGGCAAUUAGAAGGACAUGAAUUCCUAAGUGCUGCAAGGGACAAUACUGAGUCGCACUCGCCACUUGAGCAAAGGAGUGGUGUGAAACCUCCGAUGGUUGUUUCCUCAGAGGAAGCCACCAGAGACCGAAGUGGUCAGUCUUCGGACGAUGAGCCAAAGGAGAAUCCCUUGAAGAAGCUCAAGGUUUCAAAUGGCAUAAAGGCCAUGGACAAUUGGAUGGAUGUGAUGAACAAUAUGCCUAGUGUAACAACCACCGGGGAUGGUCCUAAUGGGAGGAGAAUAGAAGGGUUUUUGUACAAGUACACCAAAGGUCAAGUGAGUAUUGUAUGUGUUUGCCAUGGAAGCUUCCUCUCCCCGGCCGAAUUCGUCAGGCAUGCCGGGGGCAAGGAGGUCACAAAUCCUAUGAAACACAUCCAUGUCUGCACUGCCUAUCGCUUGUAGAUGAAAGAUCAGUCAAUGAUGGUGGUGGCAUUAUUUUGUCACCCCUUUUAUCAACAUUGUUUUAACUAGUGAAGAGAGCUAAGAAGUUUUUUUCCCUUUUUCUUUGUUUUGUUUUAGGAUUUAACUAUUUCGUCCUCGUAUGUUUAGGUUAGAAUUAAUAUUUUAGAUUUCUAGUGAAUGGAUGAAUCAGCUCUUUGAUCAUGUUCUUUCUUUUGGUUGUCCUUCCUCUGAAACAAAGAGGUACCUCAAAAGAUAGAGAAAAGAAAAUGUACUCAAAUAGUCAAAUCAACAAAUGAUUUAUGCUCAUCUUCUCA